AAGACUUUGAAUUGGUCUUUGUUUUGAAAUAUGCGUUCACGCUUAGUGGAAACAAACACAUGGACUCGUCUCGACGCUAAUUACGCGGACCAGAUUGUGCCACGCUUUAACGGUGCACGUUGGCUUUGUAUUCGAUGGGCUGAAACUUUUGCUGACUUUGUGUUUGGACCAAUCAGCCACUUGUUCACCAAUUAAGAUUAACCUUCUUUUUUUUUUAUAUAGAUUAUCGGCAUUUAUGUAUAUUUUAUACGAACUGGUAAUAAUAGUGCAUAACAAUUGCAACAAAACUACAAGCUUUUGGAACCCU